AUGUCAUCAACUAUAUCUCCAUCAGCACUACAAGCACUAGACGAACCCCUGAGAAAACAAAUAAUGAAAUUUAUAGAAUCAGAACAACAAAAAUCAAAAGUUCAAUCAUCAAUUCAUAAUUUUACAGAUAUGUGUUUUAAAAAAUGUAAUGCAAAUAAAUCUAUUACUAGUCCCAAUUUAGAUUUACAAGAAGAACAAUGUUUAGUUAAUUGUUUGAAUCGAUAUUUGGAUUUAAAUAUUAAAGUUGUUGAAGCAUUACAAGGGAAAUAA